UCUGGAAUGCUUAACGUGGACUGAUGGAUGUUUCCGAACUGUGCAUCCCUGACCCUCUCUGCUACCACAACCAGUUACUAACCAGAAUGCCCUCUGAGGACCGGCACCUGUCCUCGAGCUGUGGUUCUUACGUCAAAACUGAACCUUCCAGUCCUUCCUCCUCGCUUAUAGACACCGGCAGUCACCACAGUCCCAGCGGCAACUCUGACGCCAGCGGCGGCUACGUUAAUGGUGGCAGCGGACGUUCGCACACCCUGGACUCCCCGCCAAUGUUCAACCCAGGCAUGCUAGGAGGCGGCAGCGCCUGCUUACGCCGCUACGAGGAGUGCGCCGGUGGCAUGGCUGAUGACUCGCCAAUCAAGUGCGAGUACAUGCUCAAUGGAAUUCCCAAGAGGCUGUGCCUGGUGUGUGGCGACACUGCCUCGGGGUACCACUACGGGGUGGCCUCCUGUGAGGCCUGCAAAGCCUUUUUCAAAAGGACGAUACAAGGGAAUAUUGAGUACAGCUGUCCAGCUACCAACGAGUGUGAGAUCACCAAAAGGAGACGAAAGUCUUGUCAGGCCUGCCGCUUUAUGAAAUGCCUUAAAGUCGGCAUGCUAAAAGAAGGAGUGCGUCUGGACCGAGUGAGAGGGGGGCGGCAGAAGUAUAAGCGGAGGCUGGAUGCAGAAAACGGCACCUACCUCGGCCUCACCCUCCCCCCUCCUGCCAAAAAGCCACUGACAAAGAUCGUCUCUCAUCUGCUGGUGGUGGAGCCAGAGAAGAUCUAUGCCAUGCCUGACCCUACCAUGCCCGACGGAGACAUAAAGGCCCUGACAACGCUGUGUGACUUGGCUGACCGCGAGCUGGUGGUCAUCAUCGGCUGGGCCAAACAUAUCCCAGGUUUUUCCACUCUCUCACUGGCAGACCAGAUGAGUCUACUGCAGAGCGCCUGGAUGGAGAUCCUGGUGUUGAGCAUUGUAUUUCGUUCACUGCCCUGCGAGGAUGAGAUCAUGUACGCAGAGGACUACGUGGUGGAUGAGGAGCAGGCGAGGAUCUCGGGCCUGCUGGACCUUCACGUUGCUAUCCUCCCACUGGUGCGACGCUACAAGAAGUUGCGCAUGGAGAAGGAAGAAUUUGUCACACUCAAAGCCAUCGCACUUUCCAACUCCGACUCCAUGCACAUAGAGAAUAUCGAGGCUGUCCAAAGGCUCCAAGAUUCUCUACAUGAGGCCCUGCAGGAUUUUGAAGGUUCCCAGCACCCGGAGGACCCCCGACGGGCGGGCAAGCUGUUAAUGACCCUGCCUCUGCUCCGUCAGACUGCCACCAAGGCCGUUCAGCACUUCUACAGCAUCAAAAUGCAGGGCAAAGUCCCCAUGCACAAACUAUUCCUCGAGAUGCUGGAAGCCAAGGCUUGACACCCAGGCCAGGUGUUUGACACGCAGCUGCAUCACCCAGUCAGAGGCGAGGGACAGCCCAUAAAAAAAUAAUGGUGGUGUGCCAACUGACAGUGAAAAGAUGAAGCUUGGAGUCAUUUUAACACUUUUAAACAAUACUAAACUUAAAGGUAAAAGGGACUUGACAUAGUUUUAAAAAUGGGCGAUUAUCAAUCUGAUUGAGAGGGGAUCACGAUGAUGUAUAUAAAGAUGUUGUGUACAGAAAUCAGGCAGCCGAGGUCUUGUUAUAACCGGAGACCCGUUGCUCUAUAUCACCUGAAGGUUCUGUGAAUUUGUUUCUUAUUUUAUUUUCAUCUCGAAAAUGGAAGUGUGAUAAUAUAAAUGUCCUCAAGAACUGUACAGUUACUUAGCCACGUUAUGUGUUUUUAUUUCCUUAUCUCAUAUUUUCUCAUCUCAAGUUGUUAAAGCAAUAGUCUCUAACUGGUCUACAUAUAAUAUGUGUACUGUAUAUUGUAUGACAUUGCACUGGACACAUUGGGGGGGGCUGUUAGACAUAUUCUUGUAUUCACCAUCAGAGACAGUAGUGGUACCCACCACAGUAAGAUUCUCCAUUUCCUCCUAAUAUACUUACCUCGUAGAAGCUUCAUCAACUCAGUGGUUCGGUCAACUUGGUGCUUACAGAAGGACAGUGGUUGGCUGGUGAUCAGAGUUCACUAUGAGUUUGCACUGAGCAGCUAUGAGUAAUGUGGCAAUAAUGAGUAUUGUACUAGCUCACUCUGUUUUCUUGCUUUUAGAGGCUAAACUUCUCUUUCUUGUCAUGCACACCUAUUGGCAACUAAACAUACUGUGAAACCUGCACAUGAUAAUGAUAAGCUAUAUUUAAGAAUGAAGUUAAACUCAAGAAAAGGUAAAGGAUUUUACUCCAAGGACACAAUAACAGCAAAAUAUUUGCAAAUGAAUGCAAUGUAAUACACCCUGCAAUGCAAACUGACACCCUUAAUAUUAGCAGUUAAGCAUUACAGUGCGGGACGACUGUAAUAUUCAGUUUAUUUCAAAAUCUCUGGUUGCCUUUGAAGCUUUUUGGUGACGAUGGUGUAAUAGAUUGCGAUAUGUUGUACAGGUAGGCUUCGCUUUUUUCUUGUGCCCACCCCACCCACCUAUUUUUUAGCUUGGAUUCUCGAACAACAAGUGUCACUGUAUUGAUAGCAGUUUCCCAUAAUUGAAUAUAUAUGCUAGCCACACGUGUAAAGUUUGAACACUUUUUAACAUCCUGGAUUUUUUCUGUUCUAAAAAGAAAAAAUAAAUAAAUAUUGCUUUAGGUGAGUCGUUAUCAGAAUCACUGCUAAGAAAUAACUUUUCUAGCUAAUCUAUGUCACUCUUUGCGGACAGCAAUUUGUGGUUAU